GAGUCUUGAUGUUCACCAUUGCUGCCGCCUAAAUGUGUUAGUGCUCCCAUUCAACAGAGAUUUGUGCGUCUUGAUUGCUGGCAAAAAAUAGAUUCGUUCUUGAAUUUGACGUACAUCCUCCUUGCUACGCCGCCUUCGUAUUCAACUGCGUAAACAGAUCAUGAGAAUCCGGUUAACUUCUUCUCCAAUCUCACCAUGGUUGAAUCUUUCUCGCAAACCCUGCAGAUCUCUAUGUUCAUCUUCAAUCCCACAGUCUCAAGGCCUCAUCUUUACCCAAAAUCCCACCUCAGAUUCUCAGCUUUCAAACACCAAAAACCCCUCUUUGCCGGUAAAACCUACAUCGGACACUGAGUUUUCCAGUAAAACAACACACCCAACUCAUCCAUAUUACUAUUCAUCCAAACCCAUUUUGCAAGACACUGUUUUAACGCAAACCCAUGUCAUGGAAGUUCUCUUAAGCCACAAGAAUGACCCUGAUUCAGCCUUGAAAUACUACAAAUGGGCUGAGAAGCAACCCGGUUUUGUCCGUGGCAUUGCUGGGUCCUUCUGUGUAUUGCUCCACAUUUUGGUAAGUUCACCGAACCAUCGGGGAAUUGCUCGGAGUUUACUUAAUCAGUGCAUUUUGGGUGGUUCAGUCCCCGCAGCUAAUGUUCUUGUUGAUCACUUGGUUGAGAAAUUCAAAGGUUUUGAAUCUCUAUUUGAAUUUGAUUCGCGGGUUUUUAAUUAUUUGUUGAACACUUAUGUUAGAUUGCAUCUAUAUGAUGAUGCUAUUCUAUGUAUAAAUAGAAUGAUCCAUUGUGAUAUAACUCCGUGGGUUGCAUUUGUAAAUAUGUUAUUGACUGCUCUGGUUAGGAAGAAUAUGAUUAAUGAAGCUCGAGAUUUAUAUGAUUUUAUAGUUUCGGAAGGAAUUCAUCAUGAUUGUAUCACCGUACAUGUGAUGAUGCGGGCGUGUUUGAAAGAAGGAAAGGUUGAGGAGGCGGAAGGGUUCUUUAGGGAAGCGAAGGCUGGUGGGAUAAAGCUUGAUGCAGCGAUGUAUAGUACUGCUAUUCAGGCAGUUUGUAAGAUUCCCAAUGCUAAUUCUGCAUGCGAACUGUUGAAUGAGAUGAAGAAAAUGGGGUGGGUCCCUUCUGAGGGCACUUUCACGAGUGUAAUUACUGCUUGUGUGAAGCAGAGACAAAUGGUUGAGGCUUUAAGGCUAAAGGAUGAAAUGGUUAGUAGUGGGCACUUGAUGAAUUUGGUGGUUGCAACUAGUUUGAUGAAGGGGUAUUAUCUGCAGGGUGAUUUGAGCAGGGGUUUGGAUUUGUUUGAUAAGAUUGUUGAGGAUGGACUCACUCCAAAUAAGGUCACUUACUCGGUUUUGAUUGAGGGCUGCUGUAGAAAUGGAGCUAUGCAAAAGGCAUGUGAGUUAUACGCCCAAAUGAAAUGUGCAGAUAUCCAGCCAAGUGUCUAUAAUGUGAAUUCUAUCAUACGGGGAUACUUGAAUGUUGGGCUGUGGGAGGGGGCUAGCAAACAAUUUGAUGAGGCAGUUGAGCAUGAUAUUGCUAAUGUUUUUACGUAUAAUAAUCUGAUAUCCUGGCUAUGUAAAGAGGGCAGGAUGGAUGAAGCUUGCAGUGUGUGGGACAAGAUGGUGAAUAAAGGAGUGAAACCAAAUGUAGUUUCUUAUAACAAUCUAAUACUUGGCCACUGCAAAAAAAGUGAUAUGGACUUGGCCUUAAAUUUAUUUUCUGAUAUGCUGCCAAGGGGUUUGAGAGCUAAUGUAGUCACAUAUAGUAUUUUAAUUGAUGGCUAUUUCAGAAAAGGUGAGCCUGAACGAGCUCUUGAGUUGUUUGACCAAAUGGAGGGUGUGGGCAUCACUCCCACUGACAUCACAUUAAAUACUGUUAUCAAUGGUUUGUGCAAAGUUGGACGAACAUAUGAUGCUAGAAGCAUGCUGAAGAAGUUGGUGGAGAAUGGUUUUGUUCCAAUCUGUAUGACUUACAAUUGCAUUAUAGAUGGUUUUGUCAAGGAGGGCACCAUAAAUUCUGCAUUGGCUGUAUAUAGAGAGAUGUGCGAAAGUGGGGUUUACCCCAGUGUUGUUACAUACACAAGUUUGAUUGAUGGGUUUUGCAAAAGCAACAAUCUUGAUCUUGCUUUGAAGAUGCGGAAUGAGAUGAGAAACAAGGGCCUUGAAUCAGAUGUUACCGCAUAUAGUGCCCUAAUUGAUGGAUUUUGCAAAAGAAGGGACAUGGAAAGUGCACUUGAACUUUUUGAUGAACUCCUUCAAGUAGGGUUGUCUCCCAAUACAGUUGUUUAUAAUAGCAUGAUUAGUGGCUUCAGAAAUCUAAAUAACAUGGAAGCAGUGCUCGCUUUGCAUACCAAAAUGAUCCAAGAGGAAAUUCCAUUGGAUUUGGCAACAUACACUACAAUAAUUGAUGGGUUGUUGAAAGAAGGGAAAAUACUCCUUGCAUCAGAUUUGUACACAGAGAUGCUUUCCAAGGGUAUUGUGCCUGAUGCCAUCACAUAUACUGUUUUGGUACAUGGUCUCUGUAACAAAGGACAGGUAGAGAAUGCGCGCAAGGUUUUGAAAGAGAUGGACGGAAAGAAUAUGGUUCCUAGUGUUCUUAUUUACAAUACAUUGAUUGCUGGAUACUUCAGGGAGGGGAAUUUGCAAGAGGCCUUUAGAUUGCAUGAUGAGAUGCUUGACAGAGGACUUGUACCUGAUGAUACGACUUAUGAUAUUCUCGUCAGUGGGAAGUUUAUGGGCAAUAAGUCCCCUGUUGGGGCUUCUUGUGUCUAAAUAACCAGUCAAUGGUUUACUACCCAUUUUAGAUUGGUCACUUAAAGGAGAGAAAAUAUUUGCUUCCUGAAAGUCAAUGUCCCACCCUCUGCUCUGGAAGGGUCGCCACCACCACCACCACUACAACUGGUACAUAUACCAGUGCUAUAACCAUUUGGAGGAGCAUGUGCAAAUUGGCAUCAGCGUAUGACGAUAAAGAAACUCUGAGCUGGUUUGUGAAGGCCUUUGCAGCUUUGGAAUUCCUUUUUUCCUGUCUGUGGUUUGGAAUCCCAUUGGCAGUUCGAACAUUAUGUUUGCUGGAUUGGUUUAUUGUUGUUAGACAUAUCAGUCUUCUAUCGCUAAAGUUUGGGAGUCUACACUUACGAGGGUGUCAAAAAAUGACAAUGGCUAAGCUCUUACUG